CGCUUCCUGCAACGAGUCGGCCUAGCAGGAAUCAAGCAGGAAUUGAAUAAGUGAUGUGUUUGUGGCUGCCUAACCUCAGUGUUAUCGAUUCGUCAUAUAAAUGCUAGGCAGGAACCUGCUGAAAGCCUGUGUAAUUGAAAUAAUACUGUUUAGUGACGUGAUGUGAUCAAAAUUAUUCGAUUGUCCUACUAUAAGGCGCAAUUCAAUUCAUGAAAGGGAUAAUAUAGUGAAUGAAAACGGGUAGGUAUUUAUUGAUAGCGAACUUGGCAACAGUGUCGAAAAGAGCAAGGACUUCAUCUGGGCAGCAUAAUUUAUAAGCAUGUGUAACACAGUUUAAAUGUUUCGUUUCAGUCAGUGCACAGCUGAUCAGUGUUUACUCUUGUGAUAAAUGAGAUCAAAAAGUAUCUAGCGAUCGUCUUAUUUGAACUACGAAAUCGAAAAAAUUCCGCAUGGCAAAGAUGUUGGAAAAUUCUCCCAACGCCGUUUUGGAUAAAUCUUUGAUUCAGCACUAUCUGACCCUACCCAUUCCUGAUGGGAAAUGUCAGGCUACCUACAUCUGGAUAGAUGGAUCAGGCGAGAAUGUCAGAAGUAAAACCAGAACACUGGAUGCGGUCCCUACUAGACCAGAAGAGCUGCCGAUCUGGAACUUCGAUGGUAGUUCCACCAAGCAAGCAGAAGGCUCUAACUCUGAUGUCUAUCUGAUGCCGAUCGCCAUUUUCAAUGACCCCUUCCUCAGAGGCAACAACAGGCUAAUCCUCUGCGAUACAUAUAAAUACAACAAAAAGCCCACGGAUACCAAUCAUCGGGUGACGUGUCUCCAAGCCAUGGACGCCGCCAAGGCCACCCAGCCGUGGUUCGGCAUCGAGCAGGAGUACACGCUGCUGGACAUGGACAGGCGGCCCUUGGGGUGGCCCAAGAACGGCUUCCCCGGCCCUCAGGGGCCCUACUACUGCGGCGUCGGCGCGGACAAGGUUUACGCCAGGGACAUCGUCGAGGCGCACUACAGGUGCUGCCUCUACGCCGGCAUCAACUUGUCGGGGACCAAUGCCGAAGUUAUGCCUGCACAGUGGGAAUACCAAGUCGGUCCAUGCGAAGGUAUCGCCAUCGGUGACCAACUCUGGGUGUCCAGAUACAUUCUGCACCGUGUGGCAGAAGAUUUCGGGGUCAUAGUCACGUUCGAUCCAAAACCGAUGGAAGGCGAUUGGAAUGGGGCUGGUGCCCACACCAACUUCUCAACUAAAGCCAUGAGGGAAGAGAAUGGCAUAGUUGAAAUAGAGAAGGCUAUUGAUAAACUCAGUAGAAACCACCUCAGGCAUAUCCAGGCCUAUGAUCCUCAUGGGGGCAAAGACAACGAACGUCGUCUCACUGGAAGACAUGAAACAUCAUCUAUCCACGAUUUCAGUGCAGGUGUAGCCAAUCGUGGUGCAAGUGUUCGAAUCCCACGUGGAUGUGCGGAAGAGAAGAAAGGAUACUUGGAAGACAGAAGACCAGCAUCCAAUUGCGAUCCUUACUCAGUAUGCGAAGCUUUAGUGAGAACGUGUAUUCUCAAUGAAUGA